AUGUCUACUGAAGCUGAAACUACUACUAUCAACAGCCAGCCUGAGCAACAGGCUCCACUGAAAGCACAACCUUCAAAGAAGGAAAAAAAGAAAGGGCUGGAAAAGACAGAUGAAUCUCUCUUGGCCAGAUUCAAAGGUGAUGGUGUAAGAUACAAAGCUAAACUCAUUGGCACUGAUGAUGUCCCAGAGGCAAGAGGUGACAAAAUGAGUCAGGAUUCAAUGAUGAAGCUGAAGGGAAUGGCAGUGGCAGCCCGCUCCCAGGGUCAACACAAACAGAAGAUCUGGGUGAACAUCUCCCUCUCUGGUAUCAAGAUAAUAGAUGAGAAAACUGGGGUCAUAGAGCAUGAGCAUCCAGUAAACAAAGUCUCAUUUAUUGCUCGGGAUGUAACAGAUAAUCGUGCCUUUGGCUAUAUUUGCGGAGGAGAAGGCCAACACCAGUUUUUUGCAAUAAAAACAGCACAACAGGCUGAGCCUCUAGUUGUUGAUCUUAAGGACCUCUUCCAGCUAAUAUAUAAUAUGAAGAAGAAGGAAGAGGAAGACAAGAAAAAGGCAAUUGUCAUUGACACUGUUGUCCAUCUAUUACAGAAUGGUAGCGAAGCACUACCUGCUGAUCAAGCUGACAAACUGAAACUGGGAGUUGACCAGAUGGACUUGUUUGGGGAUGUGUCAACGCCUCCUGAUGUGAGCAGUCCCACA